AUGUACUUCUUUCAAGAUUAUGCGUAUCGUAAUGUAACUAUGAAUGGUGAACGCUAUCGUGAGAUGAUAUUCAACAUUUGUUUGCCCAAAAUACAGGAACUUAACUUGCAUGACAUGUGGUUUAAACAAGACGCCACAUGGUACAAAGCACGAUUUCCAGCAAUGCGUGCUUUAUCGAUUUCGUCGGCGGAUGCUUUUAUUUUAGUUUACGAUGUAACCGAUUCAAGUACAUUCGAUGAGGUUCGAACGAUAAGAGAUCAAAUUCAUGAGACAAAAGGAACAAGUGCUGUACCGAUUGUUGUUGUUGGUAAUAAAAUCGAUUUGGUGGAGGAAAAUAGCGAGCUGAGAGAGAUUGACAAUGAAACAACAGAAUCCGUAGUUAUGGUUGAUUGGGAAAAUGGAUUUGUUGAAGCAUCUGCUUGUAAAAAUGAAAACAUUACACAAAUUUUUAAAGAACUUCUAUCUCAAGCUAAAAUCACCUAUAAUCUAAGUCCUGCUUUAAGACGUCGUCGAAGGCAAUCCUUACCACCAAAUCAAAUGGGCAACAAUGGUCAUCCCAGUACACCAAGUAGUGCGCCCAUUUUACCUGGAGCUCAUGUUCCAUCUGCAGCACAACUUCAACACCUACAAAGAAUUCAAGAACGCAGUUUGGGUGGAAAAAGAAAUUCUUGCAGCAUUUCUUAAUUAAAGUUCUUAAAUUAAUAACAUCAAAAAUAUUUAUAUUAAUUUUUUUUAAUUUGUUUCUUAAAAAUAAGGCUUACGGGUAAUCUUAUACAGAAAAAUAAAUAAAUAUUUAAGAAUAGCAAACAAACAAAAAACAUGAAUACUUCAAAGGUUUUCAUCAGAAAAAUACAAAACAACUUUUAACAGAACAACUUCCUUAAAAAUAAAUCCACUUCAAUUUUAAGGUUUCUAUUUGAAAAAGAAAAGUAAAUAAGCAAAGGUCAA